GUGGAGUGCAAGCGUAAAGCAAAUGCAGAGAAGCCUUAGGCGCACCCGCCUCCCAGCAGGGCAAGGGCGGCUGGCGAAGCCACUUGGGCUGGGGCGACUAUUCGAGGCGGGGGAGGGAGUCCACGGCCGUGUUAACCACAUGCAGGAGCAGGAAAUUCCACAGCCUAGGCCUGCGGGCAGGGCUGGCUAGUUAGAGCUGCUCACUUGUGCCCAGGCGAAAAGAAGCAGAGACAGAGGGAUACAGAUACAGCGCCCAGUACAGCCCGACUCUGCUUCUCUCAGCUCAGAAAAGGGUCGUACGUUUUCAGUUUUCUUAUCUCAGCUUCCUCUGGGAGUAUCCAGAUAGCUUCUUGAACUUUUUUCACCCCCACAUCUUUUACCCUUGCGGAGGCACCUGGAGUCAUCUCCUCACACUCCACCCUCUCCCGACCAGACUCCAACCUUCAAGGACGCCUAUUUUAAGAAAAAUCUUGAACCUCCGAAAUGCCUUCGAGAGUCCUGGUCAUUUUAUUUUUGGUAUUUAUGGAACAAAGCACCCCAGAUUUGUGUGUUUUCCGAGAUCACAUCACUGCACUCGCAGGUGAACCUUAUCAUUUGAAAUGCUGCCUGUCCAAUGAUCACCAUCAUCAUAGAAACUAUACUGUCAGGUGGUCAAAACGCUCUGGACCAAAUAGAGCAUCAGUACCCCUGAGCUCAAGUGAGAGAAUCAUUUUUAAUGAUGAUGCUCUAGAAUUUUGGCCAAUAGAAAUGAUUGAUGAAGGAAUGUACUCUUGUGCAGUAGGACACAAAGAAAAUCAAUGGAAUAUAAGUGUCACUAAAAGAAGUGAUCAUGGUUGUUUUCAUCCAAAAUAUUUACUGACUAAAGAAGUAGAACUUGGGAAAUCUUUAAACAUAAACUGUACCCAUGAUUACUUCCAGACAAAGGCCUAUUAUAUAUCUUUAUUCAAGGACUGUUCUCCGAUUCCAGGGAAUCACAAACCAUAUAUUCGGAAGAAUGCCAUGUUGAAUGAUGCAGGAAAUUAUACCUGUAUGUUUUUCCUUUAUAAAAAUGGAAGAUCAUUUAAUGUCACUAAAACUUUCAAUGUAAAAAUAAAAGAUAAUACAGAUAUAAUGCCAACACUAUAUGGGAACAGCAUUAAUUAUGUUGAAGCUGAAUUAGGGAAAGAGAAAACACUCAACUGUACUGCUUUAUUGAGGGGCCCUACUGGCAUAAUUUAUUGGAAUGAAGAGCACGAUAAUGAUACUAAUAUACAUAAAGAGAAGCUAAUAACCAGUGAUUCAAGUGGCAAGGUAUAUGUUUCCAGUCUACUGAAGAUUAAACUUGUUAAAGAAGAGAAUUUGAAUGUUUGGUAUAAUUGUACCUUGGCAUCUGCUGGAGUCUUAGAGACUAUGGGAUUCUUUUUGAAGAAGAAAGAAGGUACUGCUGAUGUUUCCAGACACUUUUUCAUUAUUGUCCUUGUAUCUUCAGCUGCAGUCAUCUUCCUAGUGAUUAUGUGUGUCAUUUAUAGAGUUGAUAUACUUCUAUGUUACAGGGACCUAAUUAGAAGAGAUGAGACUUUAACAGAUGGAAAAGAGUAUGAUGCAUUUGUGUCUUACCUGAAAGACUGCGGACCAGAUAAUGGAGAGGAGCACAAGUUUGCUUUAGAGAUUUUACCUGGAGCCUUAGAAAGACAUUUUGGCUAUAAAUUGUGCAUAUUUGAAAGGGAUAUAAUUCCUGGAGGAGCUAUUGUCGAUGACAUCCAUUCAUUGAUUAAAAAAAGCAGAAGGCUAAUCAUUGUCCUGAGUGAAAAUUACAUGUCUGAUAAAGUCAGAUAUGAACUUGAAAGUGGACUUCAUGAAGCACUGGUGGAAAGAAAAAUUAAAAUCAUCUUAAUCGAAUUCACACCUAUUAGCGACUUUACAUUCUUGCCACAGUCCUUGGAGCUUCUGAAAUCUCACAGGAUUUUGAAGUGGAAGGCAGAUAAGUCUCUUCCUUACAACUCGAGAUUUUGGAAAAAUCUUCGAUACUUGAUGCCUGCCAAAACUGCCAAGUCAAUUGUUUUUUCUGCAGAUCCCUUGGGAAAUGAAUCAUUGCCUGUUCUUUCAAAGGUUUAGUCUUCAAGAUGACCAAGUCAAGUGGGUGAUUAUAAAGACAUCAUGAGGCUAUGUAACGAAAGACUUAAAUGAAAAUGACCUCACUUCAUUGCAGAAAACUGAAGAGUUCAUUUAAAAGAGAUCUUAUUUUGGAAUCAGUACAAACUCAUCAUAUUGAGAGCGACCUAACUGAAGUCCUCUUUCCUCUCCCUUCUUGUUUUGUCCUGACUUUGUUUAUUGCUUACAUUUCCCAGAGAGGGUUGCAUGUACUUUGAAGUGUGUUGUAUUUGCUUGAGUGUAGAUCUUUAGUUCUGAAUGCUAAUAACUCCAUUGGACUAAGUGUUUACUAUUAGAAGGAGAUACAAGAACAUUUCAUGUAGAUUGAGGUAGAUGCCUUCAUUCUCUCUCAAUAACUGCCUACUUCUCCACAUUGCUUAUGUGAAAUAUCUUAGAUCAGAAGGAAGGGGGAAAUAUACAUCUUGUUGACCAAAUAUUCUGCUUACCACUAAUUCAUCUUAUUUUAUGCUUGAUUCCCACUAUUCCAGUGAGGCAUUAAAAAGUAUCCAUCUAAUUAAUUAGGCUUAUCCCUAAAAAUUGAACUGUUAGGCGGUGCAGUAGAUAGAGGCCAGGCCUUGAAUCAGGAAGACUCAUAUAUUGAAAUCAAAUCUGGACUCAGUGGCUUACUAGCUGUGUGACUGGGCAAGUCAGUUAACCCUGUUUGCCUCAGUUCCUCAUCUGUAAAAUGAGCU